AUGGUUAUCGGUAAACACGAAAAGGAAUUGAAAUGUGUAAAAGUCAAUCAAACCUUCCACGUCGAACAUCAAUUGAAAAUUCUAUCAGUUAUUAUGGUUCUCAAAGUUGAGGUUUGUAACGAUGAUGAUAUGCAUCGGGUAUUCGAGAUAUUUUGCCAGGCAUUUGGAACCAAACAUCCCAUGAUUGAGGCUGUUUAUCCAAAUCAUGAUACUCCAGCUGGUCGGCUCAGUGGGGCAAACCGAAUGUUGGAAACUAAGAAUAAAGAACCUCACACAACAUUUCUUAAAGUGGUGGAUACGGACACAGGCGUCAUGAUUGCUAAAGCCAAAUGGAACAUUUGGAAAGGUGUCAUCCCGCCGGAAAAAGAUCUAGAUGGUGAUUACUGGGAGACUGAAGAGGAGAAGGAAUGGGCUCAAUAUAUGAUGCGAGAUUUUUUGAUUAAGCGUCGAACAGCCAUCAAAGAAUCUGAAGGCCAUUUAGUUUCUUUGGAUAUCCUUGCUGUCGAUCCCGCUUAUCAGCGUCGAGGAGCAGGUCGACUUUUGGUAAAAUGGGGAACUGCAAUCGCCGAUGAACUUGGCUACGUGGCUAUAGUUGAAGCUUCUGAGGCCGGUCGUCCACUCUAUGAAUCCGAGGGCUUUGAAUAUGUCGAGCGCUGCACAACAAAUAUACCAGAAAAAUGGGCCGGUCGAAAAGGAGAAGGAUUUUUAUGGAUGGUGAGGCCAGCGAGAAAGUUGAAUUAA